AAGGUCCAUGUGUAGAUACAAAGCCAGAAUUGUGUGCUUAUAUUAUCGAAUACUUUAAGGAAGGUAUCCUCCCAUGUCUACAGUGAAUCACUGACAUCGGUGGUGUGUGAUCCGCUGCCAUCUGCAAGCUGAGGAUAAGCCCAGAAUUUGAAUAGAGACGGCAAUUAAUCAAUCCCUUGUACACGGAGCAAAGCCUAUUCUCCGGCCAUCGGAGUAACCCUGUAAUAAUGAACAAGGACAGGAAUCAGAUGAAUGAGAGGAUCUUGGAUCUCACACUGGAGAUCAUCUUCCUGUUGACCGGAGAGGUUCACAUGUUUGCCAAGAAGCCUGGAGAGCAUCUCAAUCACAGCAGCAGUCUCCCUGCAUCUGAAAAAUCGGACCGGAUCCAGGGCCCCUCCAGCACGGUGCCUCCACCUCAUUCACUGAAUGAGGGAAACAAUAACCAGAAGAUCCUGGAACUGACCAAUCAGAUCACCCAGCUGCUGACUGGAGAGGUUCCUAUAAGGUGUGAGGAUGUCACUGUCUAUUUCUCCGUGGAGGAGUGGGCGUAUCUAGAAGGACACAAGGAUCUCUACAAGGACGUAAUGAUGGAAAGUCACCAGACCCUCAGCUCACUGGAAUAUAAAUCUGCAUCGGAUGGAUUACACGUUUCUGGUUGUUUGUCUGACUUUGCAACCAAUGAAUCUGGACAUAAAAUUGACAAAUAUAGUAAUAUCAUCAAAACAAUGAAAAACCAGACUGAAUCCAUAGAAUGUGUCUCUCAGGAAUCCCCGUUAAAUAUUGAAGAAAAUUGCCAAGAUUUGGAAAUUGAUACACUUACGGGAUGUUACACAGGAUAUAUAUCAGCCUCCUGUAAAGAAGGAAAUUUCACAGACUCUGACAGUUACACACCUACAGAAUAUCCACCUAAAAAUAUUAAGGAAGAAUCGGCAUCAUGUGAAGCCAGAACCAGCACCGAUGUUUAUACACCCAAAGCAGACAAACAAAACUAUACAUCAAAUUAUAACUCAUCACACGAAGGAAAUCUUAGAGACGAUGACAUUUAUGCAACAACAGAACAUUUGGAAACAGAAUACCUAUCUACUCAUAUUAAGGAGGAAUCAGCUGUGUGUGAAGUGAUUGUCACAGACGAUCAUAAUUAUAUUCUUUCAGAACCUACAAAGACGGAGGACGAGUUUGGUUAUGAUGAACAUAGUCUAAAGUCACCUGAAAAAAACAAGACAUUCUUAAGUGAAUGUAAAGAACCUGAUAAAAAUAUUGAUCCUAACUCUGAUAUAUAUCCUAAAACCCAAGAGGCAAUGUAUGAUUGGUCUGAGCCUACAAAAGGGUUUUUGGAGCAUGUUCUAGGUCCUUCAACUCUAUCAAAAAAGGAGAUCGCUACAUCAGAAAUGGAAAAUGUCUUAUUUUACACAUCUGGCAGCGCUAAACAUGUGCAAAAUACCAAAGAGAAACCUUUUUCAUGUUCUGAAUGUGGGAAAUUUUUUAGUGUAAAACGUAGUCUUACUAAGCAUAAGACUAUACACAUAGGGAUAAAACCAUAUAAAUGCCUGGAAUGCGGGAAAUGUUUCAGGGUGAAACACAGUCUUACUGUACAUCAGAGGAUUCACUCAGAAGAGAGACCGUUUGAAUGCCCUGAAUGUGGGAAAUGUUUUAGGCUGAAGCACAGUCUCACGGUGCAUCGGAGGAUUCACACAGGAGAAAGACCAUUUGUAUGUGCUGAAUGCUGGAAAUGUUUUAGGAGAAAGGACGAACUUACUAAGCAUCAGAGAAUUCACCGAAAAGAAAAACCAUAUAAGUGCACUGAAUGUGGGAAAUGUUUUAGCCAAAAAGGAAAUCUUGCUUUGCAUACAUCGGUUCACACUGGAGAAAAACCAUUUAAAUGCUCUGAAUGUGGGAAAUGCUGUAGGCUAAAGUAUGACCUUAUUAAGCAUCAAAGGGUUCACCAGAAAGAAAAAGACAUUUGGGGAAGUUCUUCACAAGUCACUCACGUCUUGCUAAACAUCAAAGUAGAGAAAGAUGAGAAAAACCCUUUUGUUGGUGAGAAUUGGUGGGGCGGAGUCUGCGUGCUGAGCGUGGUGAUUGUCCCCUGUUUAACACACAUUGCACAGUCCGUGUACCGCGAGGGAAAGGGACUGCACUCAGUGGAUCCCUUGUACAGGGAGCAGAGUCCAUUCUCACAGCUUCUAGGUAACUCUGUGAUCAUGAACAAGGACGUCAAUCAGGUGGCUAAGAGGAUCUUGGAUCUCACCCUGGAGAUCAUCUACCUGCUGACUGGAGAGGUUCACAUGUUUGUGAAGAAGCCAAGGGAGUAUUUUAAUCACAGCAGCAGUCUGCCUGCAUUCAGAAAAUCCCAUAGAGCUCCGAGCCCCAGCACUGUGCCUCCACCUCACUCACUUGAGAAAAACAAUGAUCAACGGAUCCUGGAACUGACCAAUCAGAUCAUCCAGCUGCUGACUGGAGAGGUUCCUAUAAGGUGUGAGGAUGUCGCUGUCUAUUUCUCCAUGGAGGAGUGGGAGUAUCUAGAAGGACACAAGGAUCUAUAUAAGGAUGUGAUUAUUGGGAAUCAAGAGCCGUACAGACCAUCUGAAGAUAAGUCUACAUCUGAUGAAUUCCACACCGCUUUUUAUUUACCUGACUUUGGAACCAAAGAUGAAUCAAGUCUGAAAUCCAAUAAGGCAGAAAAUUAUCAGAAAAUCAGAAGAUCAAAGAGAAGGCAGACUAAGUCUAUAGUACAUUUAUCUCAAGAAUCUCCGUUAGAUAAGGAAGACAUUGAAACACCCACAGAAUAUAAACAAGCAGAAUAUUUGUCUACUCAUGUUAAGCAGAAAUCCACCUCGUAUAAAGGAGACCUUACAGGCACUGACGCUUAUACAUGCACAGAUAAUACACAGCCAACUUUGAACAAAUUCGUAAUUGAAAAGAGGAAGCCUGAGCAAUGUAUUAAUCCUAAAUCUGUAAAAUCUCCCAAGAACCCAGUGGAAAUGUUCAACUGCUCUGCAGAGUCAGACUCUGUUUUACAUGAGAUGCAUCACAGACAAGAUAAACAGUUUUCAUGUUCUGAAUGUGGGAAAUGUUUUAGGCUAAAACAUGAUCUUAUUAAACAUCAAAGGAUUCACACAAGGGAAAAACGCUUUAAAUGCACAGAUUGUGGGAAAUGUUUUACACGGGCUUUAUAUCUAUCUUCACAUAAAGUGAUUCACACAGGAGAAGGGACAUUUAAAUGCAAUGAAUGUGGCAAGUGUUUUACCCGAGCUGCACAUCUUGCUUCACAUAACAUGAUGCACACUGGAGAGAAACCAUUUAAAUGCAAUGAAUGUGGAAAGUGUUUUAGUCAGGCCGGACAUCUUGCUUCGCAUAAAAUUAUUCACACAGGAGAAAAACCAUUUAAAUGCUCUGAAUGCGGGAAAUGUUUUACUCGCGCUGCACAUCUUGCAUCACAUAAAAUGGUCCACACAGGAGGGAAACCAUUUAAAUGCUCUGAAUGCGGGAAAUGUUUUACGCGCGCUGCACAUCUUGCAUCACAUAAAAUGAUUCACACGGGAGGGAAACCAUUUAAAUGCGAUGAAUGUGGGAAAUGUUUCAGCGUGUUGCAUAAUCUCAUUACACAUCAGAAGAUUCACACCGGGGAAAAAACUUUUAAAUGUGAUGAAUGUGGGAAAUGUUUUAUACUCAAGCAUAAUCUAAUUGCACAUCGGAGUAUUCACACCGGUGAGAAACCAUUCGAGUGUGCAGAAUGUGGGAAAUGUUUUAGGCUCAAGUAUGUUCUAACGAUGCAUCAGAGGAUUCACACAGGUGUAAAACCAUUUAAAUGCACUGAAUGUGGAAAAUGUUUUACUCACAGCUCAAAUCUUUCCUCACAUAAAAUGCUUCACAGAGGAGAGAAACCGUAUAAAUGCAAUGAAUGUGGGAAAUGUUUUAGCCGAAGCACACAUCUUGCAAAACAUAAACUGAUUCACACAGCAUAAAGUUGCACCUUAUCACUUUAAUAAUAUGCAGCAUUGCACUAGGGGUUUUAUUUUUGUCAGUAAUAUGUUACUGAAAUGUUUUUGGAGCAAGCAAUGGGACAUUAAUCAUUGUUAUGUCGGUUUGAAUAAUGAUUUCUAUGAGUUUGAAACGGUUUCUCAUAGUCCACAUUGUGUUAAACAUA